AUGCUUCAUCAAGCCAACUUGACGUUGAGAUUUUUGCAUUUAACGAGCAGGCUUGGAUCAAUGGUGAGAUCAGAGACAUCUUAGAGACACAUGGCCAAAGACAAUUCCUAGUUAGACUCUGCCACCCUCAAUUGUAGGUCUUAUUUAAUUAGAAAAGUGUUAAUUGAUACUUAAAGUGGCGGUAUGGAGCUCAAUGCUAACCAACAUUAAAUCAGAUGGAGGACCAGUUUGCCAACAAACACUAGCGAUGAGGAGUAUCAAACCUACGAUCUUGUAGAAGCUUAUUGCAGAUCAAAUAGAGACGAAAUUGACGAGUCAAUCUAGCUCGUGCAUGGCUGGAGAAGAGCUACAGUCAAGAGCGUGAAAGGCAAUUAUGCAUAUCUUGAAUUCGAUAGAGUACAUCACCCAGAUCAGCUAUCAUAAAUCUAUCCAAUAAGGCUUAUCCGAAGAUUGAGCGAGUUGACAGGACCAAAUCCUGAUUUAUUCUACAGAACAGAGGUGCUUAUUCAUCCAGACCUGCAUUAAUGGGUGUUCAAUCUAGAUAAAAAUGAGUCAUCGCAAGAACUUCUAGCAUUCAAUGACUAAUUAGCAAUCAUUACUAGGACUUCAUAGGUUUAUGGCAUUAGUUUGAGUCAGGAUAAGCAAAGACUUGUAGUUCUAGGACCUCAAGAGAGACUAAGAUCAGCCACUUUAGCAGUAGAUAUAUUCCUAAAUCAUCAAAGAUAAGUCAUUAACAUCGACGCUACACCUUAAUAAAGCAAAACAAACCCUGCUUCUUAAAAACAAUAGGCAAGAGUUAAAAAUGAAAUCUUUGUAGACAGUAGUCUUGUAGGCUUGAUCGUCGGCUAAGGUGGAAUGUCUCUAAAGAGAAUAUAGGAUUAAUACAAUGUUAAAAUCGAGGUUGAGCAAUAAAGAAGAGAUAAUUAACUAAAGAAGGUGACUAUCUACGGUAAUUCUAUAAAGGAAGUCCAGGCAGCCUCCAGUGAAGUAAACAUUAUGAAAGUCUUAAUUGACGUGCCAAAUGAGCACCUAGACUAUGUACUUGGCAAGAACGAUGAGAAUAUUGAGUACUUUACCACUAAGUCGUGUGUUAUCACUCUUGAUGUGACAAAGAAGGAUGAUUUUAAUCACAACCUCGUAGCUGUUGGAACUCAAUAGGCUGUUGAUGACCUUAAAAUGAUAGUCAAUACACAUCUGUAGUAUUUCUCUCAAUAUCAACAAAGAGAAACUCUUAAGCAAAAUACUGUUAAAAGAGCCAUGAACGUCACAAGCGAGCAGGUGCAAUAAAAUAAUGGAAACGAAUAAUAGCAUUAGCCUGUGCAAUAGCAAUAAAAUAGAAGAGGAGGACAUUAUCAGGAAAACAGUAACUACUAGCAGCAGCAAAACUCGAAUUAAUUCUACAGAAAGAAGUGA